AUGCGGCGCUUCAUUGGCCCUUGGAGUAGCUUUUAAUUUUCAAAGGCGGGCCCGGCUUCUUUCGCUCUGCCUGCCCUUUCGUUGUCCCCCCCCUUUCUCUCCGACAUUUAUUCUGAUUGGCUCGCGUUGGAAACCGGGAAAAGAGGAUUCGCUGAAAGGCUGGUCAAUCACAGGGAUGUUCAUGCCCAUUGAAGCUUGAGGCGGAUGGAACGUUGGCUCUCACUUGCUGCGCUGUGAUUGGCUCCGGCGGAGUUUGAAUUAUUUGGCGUGGCGAUGCUGCUGGCGCGUUCAGACGUGGAUACCCGCAUCUAGGGAAGCUGAUGAACCCGGGUAGUUUUACCGGGAUCGUCCCCGAGGAAGCCUAAUCUGGACACAGAAACCCUCUCUGCCAUAAAAUCUCGGCUCACGAGGGCACGUUCGCACGACACGUGAGCAACGGAUUCAGUGCGUCGUGGGAAUCCAGUUAUUUGUCCACGCGAUGGGUCAGCCGUGAGCAGCGGUUUACAGGUAAUUUCCUGGCAUGUGUUGCCCUUCGCAAACAGUUCAGGCUAAUGACACGAAUGAGGUUAUAGUUUAGCCUGGAAUUGCAGAAAAUGGCCAGAGUUAAGCGAUGUUGCCAAAAAAGGAGAUCCAGAACAAAACCUUCCUCGAAGGAAAAAAAACAUAUCGCGUUUACAUCUUCCUCCAGUCUUCCUUCAAAAGCUUUGCCUCCAACCAGGUCUCCGAUUAUCCUCCAUAGCCAAAAACGACCGUUCCCUUCCUGGUUUUUAGCUUUUGGAGACAUAUUAGAAACCCUCAAACAUAUCCUGGCUGGCACGGUUAGUUGGUGUUGGUGGUGCCAGAGACACAUUGCACAGAUUUUUCACAUCUUUAUAAACACAGCAUUUCCUUGGCACACGUACCUGGGGGAGCUGAAGGAGCUCAGGGCUGAAGUCGAAAACCUGAAAAGGGAUGUGGCUGAGCUGCAGUCAACUCUCCAAAACAGAGGAGCCGCGCCUCCUGCGGGAAACCCUCCUCACCAGUUCUCUCCAAACCUAUUAUCAGCUUCUCCUGCACAUGGGCAACUCGGCUUCACACAGCCCGUACCUCUCUCUUCACAAAACCCAGAGAUUCGCACUCCGCCACCUCCCCCACCACCACCCCCACUGCCGCCCCCGCCUCCUCCGCCGGCACCCCUUGUAUUCAAAAGACGGAGUGGCCCGAAGUCUGCCCCGUUAAAAACAGACGUCCCUCUACAAAUAACAACCCAGGACCUUCUGAACGUGAAAUUGAGGAAGACCAAGGGUGAAGCAGCGAUGGACAAGGAAACCUCCCCAUCCAAGGGGCGCAAGGCGUUGGUUACUUUCCGGGACCUUCAGAGCAUCCGUCUCCAGCCCAAAGCCCCCCAACCACUUCCUCACAUUACAAAUUUUCUCAAUACCCCCAACCGAGACGGUUUAGAUUUCCGGAAACACUUGAAAAAAGUGGCUAUUAAAAGGAGUCCAGGGGGAACCCCAAUGAAUAACAAAGAAAACAUUGAGACUGGCACGGGAUUGACUCCACUGAUGACCCAGGCCCUCCGGCGCAAAUUUCAGCUGGCUCACCCGAAGAGUCCAUCUCCUUCCUGCUUACCUACUAGAAACAGCUUUGAAGAAUAGAGCUAUUAGAUCACCUGGUGGUCUCCACAAACCUCUACGAUGGAUAUACAUCGCUGCUUUUCGGACAAUAUGGACUGAGGAACAAAGAUUUUCUUGGCCAAGCUUUUUGCAUGCUGGAAUAUGCUUCUUUCCCUCCCUCCGUCCUGUUUUUUUUUAAAAAAAAAAACCCAUUGUGUAGCAAUGCAUUACUGAAAAGCUCUUAAAAUAUAUAUCCAGACAUUACCUUUUCAUCCCACUUGGGCAUUCAAAACCUCCUUUAACGAAGCUGCUUCGACGUUUUAAAAGCUUUGCGAUUUUACUUCUGAGCUGCUCUUUAACAAAGUUUACACAUCUCAAUAUAUAUUUUUUAAAAGAAGGUGGGGGUUUUUUUGGGGGUGGGGGAUGACAGAAAUGUUGAUCUGAAGAAAUAGCACUGUUUUUCCAGGGCUUGGAAGAAUUCUAUUUAUUCUUGGCUUCCCAUGUUUGUAAUGAAGCUGUGUGCACACGCAGAAAUUUGUAUGCAUUUUAUACACAAGCGGGAAAGCUUUUGUACCUGCGGUUAGAAGAUGAAGGGAAGAGAAAUAUAUACCGUAUUUUUCAGAGUAUAAGACAUUUUUAACACCCUAAAAGAGAGUGAAAAUUUGGAUGCGACUUAUACAUCGGAAGUAGCCCCACCGGCUUCCACUGUUCGGCCUCAAACAGAGAUUUUGGAGGCUGCAAACAAUACCAAUGGAUACUACUAGACAAAGGCAGGAUUUCUUUUUUUUUCUUCUUAUUUUCCUCCCCAAAAACUAAGGUGCGUCUUAUACUCUGAAAAAUGCAGUAUGUGGCAUUUCGGCAUGAAGGACCAAUUUAGAAGUAUGUUGAAUUCGAGAUUGCUCUUCUUGUUAUUGGGGUCUCGGUGAAUGUCAAAUGCUUCUACAUCCAGUCUUGGAGAAAGUUUGUGAACAAGUAAGAGGGAAAUCUGAUCUUGAAUUAACACAAGUUGCACUAGCGUGGUUACACAAUGGAUUGUUACACAGGAAAGGUGUUUGUAGGAUUCACAUUGCAGGUGUUGUGAUAGAUCAACUGUGCUUUAUGUUGUAAGACAGUGUUUCUCAACCUUGGCGACUUUAAGUCCUGUGGACUUCAA